GUGGUUGCAGUUGCCUCCGGCUACGCUCACGAUAGUCAUGUCAUCAUGUUUGCGGAAUAAAUAUUCGACAAAAUGAAAUGAUUUCUGAGGCCCGGACAUUUGCAGGCAUUUGAGGACUUCAGUGCGGCUGUCCUAAUGAGUCUGCGUGCUUUGUGGAUCAUUUCUCACGAGAAGGGAGAAAAUGUGUCGGUGCGUUUUUCAAGGAGGUUCCCUACCGUUGAGUACCGUGCAAAGUGCCUGGCGGGUUCCUCAUAUGUGGCUGUCCCUGAAGAUAGUGUAGUACUCCAGCUCCUUCUCAUUGAGCUGGGACUUGGGGACUCAGACAAACCCUAUGUUGGUCAAAGAGAUGACUGCUUACACCACCAGAGAACGCCAGCCUUGGAGCUACAUGUGGAGAUGCCUGUCAGGGGAGUCCUCUGGCCAGUGUUGGCCAUUUCCCAAGGUCCAUUGAUUCUAGCUUGCCUACCCCUGUUGGAGGCCCCUACUGAGCCACGGCCACCUCUGGCAAGCCUUCUUUCAGUCUCCCAAGGCCUCACAAUGCUUGUAGGCCUUCAGACUUUUCUCUAUGGGUCUGGAAGUAAACCUGACAGUGAGGGAAUUGCCUCUCGGUUGGCAAUGAUGCCCUCAGUCCUACUGCAGGUUUGUCCCCUUGGCACACCGCUGGAUAUCCCGCAACUGGGGGCACCCGCUACAUCAGCAGUACCCACUCCUGUUGGGAGCCAGAAGCAGCCAGCCUGGAAGACAGGACUACACCGUGGUCGGGCUGUAGUGAAUGUAGCAGUGACCGAAAUGGUGCGUUCCAUGCAAUAUGGAAAUCAAAGUAGACAGGACCUCUGGGAUGUCUAUGGCACUGUAACAUGCAAAUGUGAAGUGGAGGGGGUGCUCCCAAACGUUACCGUGACCCUCACACUGCCGGCAAAUGGUUCACCACUCCAAGAUAUCCUGGUCCAUCCUUGUGUGACCUCAUUGGAUUCCAGUAUUUUGACUGCCAGCAGUGUGGAUAUUUGUGACGGCUCAGCUUUCUCUGGACCAUAUAAAUUCCCCUUCUCUCCUCCUCUGGAGCCAUUUAGAUUAUGCAGCUAUACAUCUCAGGUUCCCGUACCACCCAUCCUAGGUUCUUAUCAACUGAAGAAAGAAGAGAACCAGCUGCGUGUAGCAGUAACCCUCAAACUUCAUGAAAGUGUGAAGAAUGGCUUUGAAUACUGUGAAGCUCACGUGCCUUUCUUUAACAGGAGUCAAAUGGGUAGUGUGGAUGUGAAGGUGAGCUCUGGACAGCUGGAAGUCUCCAAGGAGAAGAACCUGCUAGUGUGGGUCAUUGGCCAGAAGUUUCCGAAAUCUCGUGAGGUCAGUAUGGGAGGUAGCAUCAGCUUUACAGGGCAGAUCCCAGGACCUACUCAACCCCUCUGCACAGAGCUUACAGCGUAUGUCAAGUUGUAUUUCAAAGUGCCUGACCUAACACUGUCUGGCUGCUGCGUGGACCAGCAUUCGGUGCAAGUUUAUUCCUCUGCCAAACCACGGAUUGUGACAUCCCGAGAACUUCAGUCCAAAGACUAUUUCAUAUGGAAUUCAACUGGUACUGCUCCAGUGUCCUCAGGACACAUGAUGCUGUAAGAUAGACAUGUUCUGGGCUGCUUGUUGGAAAGAUGCUCCAUGCUAAAUUCUAGGAAUGAUGAGGAUUUCCAGUGUUGUAACGUGAUCCAGAAUGAAUAUGUGACUGUGUGAAAGACUUUUGUUAUUAUUCGAGUGUGUCUGGCGGGGAUUUGUUGGAUGAUAGAAAUAAUUUAAAUGACAAUGACACUUAAAGUGACAUGAGUAGGACAUCUGAAGGGCAAUGAAAAAAAGCGUUCACCCAACCUUUGCUACAAGUCACAAUGUACACACCUGUCAUCAGAAUAAUGAAAAAUAAUUUGAAAGAAAAGUGAAAUAUUGCAAAUAAAUCCCACUGUUGAA